ACAUAAAAAAAAAAAAAACAAAAAUACGAGAGAAGGAGAAAACGCUCUCUUCCUUCCCCCAAAUUCCUUUUUUUUCUUCUCUUUCCUUCACCCACUCUCCAUUAUAUCUCUGUGUUGGAAGCCAUGAAUUCUCUGGCACUAGCUUCAACAACCGGUUCGAUAACCAUUUCUAGGACAACCCAUUCUUGUAAUGGGAGAAGAAGAGUAAGACACAGACCGCGAGCAGCUCUGGUGGAGGCCAGACCUCGACCACCCGUUCCGGCCAUCAGAGAAGGCCCUAACGGCAACAAUGCCGUGCCGGUUCUCGCAGGAGACUCCGCUCUUCUUUCUUCAAGAAAUCGAGCCAACGAUAUGCAAGCCGAGGCCAAAGCAAUGGCGCGUGCCGUCAAUGCCUCCGUCUAUAGCCCUGAAUUGCUUGCCCUAAAGUACGGCUCUCGACCCAUCAAGGUGUUGAUGAGGACUUUGGAAGUAUUUUUCGGGUUGGGUUCGUUUGGCUUUAAGCUGUGGUUAGAUCAGCUGAAUAAGCAGAUCGAUCAGAACAAGAGAGUGCGUGCAAUUGAGCUGAGGAAGAUCUUCACGAGGCUGGGACCUACUUUUGUUAAAAUAGGACAGGGGUUGUCGACCAGGCCGGACCUCUGUCCACCGGAGUACCUCGAGGAGCUUGCUGAACUUCAGGAUGCUUUGCCAACGUUUCCAGACGCAGAGGCAUUUUCAUGCAUUGAGAGAGAGUUGGGAAUCCCACUUGACUCCAUCUACUCAUCAAUAUCCCCAUCUCCAAUUGCUGCGGCCAGUCUAGGCCAAGUUUACAAAGCUCGGCUAAAAUUAUCGGGCCAGAUUGUAGCUGUGAAGGUGCAACGCCCUGGCAUUGAAGAAGCUAUAGGACUUGACUUUUUCCUGAUAAGGGGUCUAGGAUUCAUCAUAAAUAAAUAUGUUGACAUUAUUUCCAGUGAUGUUGUUGCUCUUAUUGAUGAAUUUGCUCGCAGAGUUUAUCAAGAGCUCAACUAUGUGCAGGAGGGUCAGAAUGCAAGGAGGUUUAAAAAGUUGUAUGCUGACAAACAAGAUGUCCUUGUCCCAGAUAUCUUCUGGGAUUACACUAGUGGGAAAGUAUUGACAAUGGAUUGGGUUGAAGGUGUCAAAUUAAAUGAGCAAGAUGCAAUUGAGAGACAAGGGUUGAAAGUUUUGGAUUUGGUGAACACGGGUAUUCAGUGCAGUCUCAGACAGCUGCUUGAGUAUGGAUAUUUUCAUGCAGAUCCUCAUCCUGGUAAUCUCCUGGCAACACCCGAGGGAAAGCUUGCUUUUCUUGAUUUUGGGAUGAUGAGUGAGACUCCAGAAGAAGCAAGAUUUGCCAUCAUUGGUCAUGUUGUUCACAUGGUUAAUCGGGAUUAUGAAGCUAUGGCUCGUGACUACUAUGCUCUAGAUUUUUUGGCACCUGAUGUAGAUGUUUCUCCAAUUGUACCAGCACUUCGGAACUUCUUUGAUGAUGCACUUAAUUCUACUGUGAGCGAACUCAACUUUAAAACAAUAGUUGACGGUUUGGGUGCUGUUCUAUAUCAAUAUCCUUUUAAUGUCCCAGCUUAUUAUGCAUUAAUAUUGAGGUCGCUUACCGUACUAGAAGGUUUAGCCCUGUAUGCUGAUCCUGAAUUUAAGGUCCUGGCUGCUUCAUAUCCAUAUUUUGCUAAAAGACUUCUAACAGAUCCAAAUCCAUAUCUGAGAGAUGCUCUGAUUGAGUUGCUUUUCAAGGAUGGGAGGUUCAGAUGGAAUAGACUUGAAAACCUGCUUGUUCAGGGUAAAAAAGAUAGAGAUUUUUCUGCAAAUGAUGCUUUACAACCUGUCCUGAAGCUGUUGUUGGGUCCAGAAGGUGAAGAGCUCAGGGUUUUAGUUAUUAAAGAAGCUAUCAGUGUUACUGAAGCUGUUAUUCUGGGCUCAAUGAUUGAUUCUUACAACUCCAUGCCUGAUCUUAUGAGGACUCUUAUUUUCAAUGCCAAUACAAGUGGGCCUCUUAGUGGGCCUCUUACAAUGAGUGAUGCUGAACGAGAAAGCAUGAUGCAGCUUAAAGAGCAAGUGUUUAGGAUUUGGGGGCUUCUGCGAACCUCAGAGAAUUUUGAUCCUGCACUUUUGCAGCCCAUUUUGCAGGUCCUGCAAGAACCUGAGGCACGCAGCCUUGGGGGGCGUGUAAUUGGUGGAAUCACUCAGCGUUUAGCGGCACGCUUGCUGAAACAAGUUCUCCGAGUUCCAACAACGGUUCCUGCUUCGGUUCCAUAAGCAUUGUUAAGAGCUUUCAGGUGAGAUAAUACAUGUGACAUAUUUCAACUUAACAACAUUUGGUUAACAGCUACAAUUGAAAAAGUAGAACGAAAGGAAAAGUGAAUCACAUGAUUUUGCCACAAUAAUGUGCAAGCCAGCUUGUUGAAUGGUUGCUUCUUGUACCCAAAGGGGCUUUCUGGGCAACCAGGGAAAUUGAACUCAAAUUCAUAGCUUCUGAGAUGAGUCAACCAGGGAAAAUGAACUCAAAUUCACACACAACUUUGUUCUUCAUGGCGUUUAAAUGUCUGUUUCUUCUCAUCACACUUGUUUAGAAUAAGAUCAUUCUAGUCCAGCUUCUUCAAGGAAUUCAAUUAUUCAUAUUUUUUAUUAUUGUCUUCCUAGUGUUUAUUGUGUCAAAGUCAAACCAACCUGUGUACAAAUACCAUGUGAAUCACAAUCAAGUAAUUUUAUUUUCAUGGGACAUCCAAUAA